AUGAAUUGCAUCUACAAUACCCCUCUGCUCAUCAGCGCGCUGCCCCCUCUGCUGGGGACAGAGUUCGUCCUGGGGGUCCUGGGCAACGGCCUCGCCCUCUGGAUCUUCCUGUUCCGCCUGAAGCCCUGGAAGAGCAGCACAGUCCUCCUCUUCAACCUCUCGCUGGCCGACUUCCUGCUCAACGUGGCGCUGCCCUUCCGUGCCAGCUACUACUCCGCAGGCCUGACCUGGCACUUCGGCCCGGCCUUCUGCAACAUCUCCCUCUUUCUGCUGGCCAUGAACCGCAGCGGGAGCAUCUUCUUCCUCACGGCCGUGGCGGUGGACCGCUACGUGCGCGUGGUCCAUCCCCACCACACGCUCAACUCGCUGAGCGUGGUGAGAGCGGCGUGCGGCGCCGCCGGGCUGUGGCUGCUCACCUUCUCCAUGACAGCCCACCUCCUCACCUUGCCGCGCCCUAACGCCACCGACUGCGAGAGCUUCAACAUCAACCCGGGGGGGCCCGACGUCGUACACUUCUGGCACAGGAGCUUGUUCCUGCUCUCCUUCUUCCUGCCGCUGGCCGUGAUCGUGUUCUGCACCUGCUCCAUCGUGGCCCACCUGAGAAGAAGGCAGCUGGCCCGUGAUGCGCGCAUUAGGAAGGCCCUGUGGCUCCUCAUGGUGGUGGUGGUGGUCUUCGCCGUUUGCUUCCUGCCUAGCAACGUCACGCAGCUGCUCAUCUGGUUGAAGGAGGGAUCGAUCGCCGGUGUUCUCUCGGGGACAAAGGCCUGUGACGCGAUGGAGGACUUGAACACGGCCUUCUACCUGACCAUCAGCCUGACCUACCUGAACAGCGCCCUGGACCCCGUGGUCUUCUACUUCUCCAUUCCCCCCUUCAGGAACAUGUGCAGGCGGGCCCUGCGUCUGGGGAGGGCCGGAGACACCGGCGACGAGGAGACCCAGGAGCUGGAG